GACCCAGAACCCAGCCUUUCCUCCCUUCUCGGCCUUGCUCGGAUCAAAACUCGUGGGUUUUCCGAAAGCUAUUCCUGGAAUUAGGGUUCCGGCGUUGAUCCGGCGGAGGGAGAGAGGGGGAGAAGGAGAGGAUGGGAGAGCGCAAGGUGUUGAACAAAUACUACCCGCCGGACUUUGAUCCGGCGAAGAUCCCACGGCGGCGGCAGCCUAAGAACCAACAGAUCAAGGUUCGUAUGAUGCUUCACAUGAGCAUCCGCUGCAACACCUGUGGCACCUACAUCUACAAGGGCACCAAGUUCAAUUCCCGCAAAGAAGAUGUCAUCGGAGAUACGUAUCUGGGAAUUCAGAUUUUUCGGUUCUACUUCAAAUGCACCAGAUGCUCGGCUGAAAUUGCAUUCAAAACAGAUCCUCAGAAUUCGGACUAUGUUGUUGAAUCCGGAGCAUCCCGAAAUUUUGAGCCUUGGCGGGAAGAGGACGAAGCAGUAGAAAAAGAGAAGAAGAAAAGAGCUGCUGAAGAGAUGGGGGAUGCGAUGAAGUCACUGGAAAACAGAGCAGUGGAUUCAAAGAGAGAUAUGGACAUACUUGCAGCACUAGAAGAAAUGAGGUCUAUGGAGUCAAGACAUGCAACUGUGAGUGUCGAUAUGAUGCUAGAGACUCUAAAGCGUUCAGCCUACGACAAGGAGCAAAAAAUUGCAGAAGAGUUAGAUAAAGCAGAUGAAGAACUGAUCAAAUCAAUUGCUUUUCCUGGUUCACAAAAUUAUGUCCGAUGUAUACAGGAUGAUGAAGAUGAGGACUUUGGCCAGGCAUCUUCCAAUCCAUGCAAGUUACCAGAUGAUAAUUUAAAGGGGAAAAGUAAUUCAGAACUCUCAAGCACAGUGGAAAAACCAACAGAUUCCUUAACAAAAAGCAGUAUUUUUAACAGUUCUAAAGAUGGAGAUUAUUCAUGGCAGAGCUGCUGCUCUAGAAACUCAUUUUCCUUCCUAAUCGAAUCAAGAUCUGCUUGGAGUUUGCUGAUGUCUAAACUACGGGAAGAAAUGGCCGUAAGUUUGGCCUCUUGCUCGGUGGCUUCUCUUCGAGCUCUGUCAGCGGCAAGAAGCUUGUCUGAAAUCUGUUCAAAACUAUCGUGGAUGCUCGUUAAAAGCCUAUAUACCUGCAGCCUUACUGGGUCAUCUUUUGCAUUCCUGCAUACGAAGUUAUUGGUCAGCAGAAGAUGCUUUGCUGUAAGCAGAUAAAGGCUAAUUUAAUAUUUCAUUCUUCUUUUUUUUUCAAAAAAGAGCACCAAACUGUGUAAUGUAUCGGUAGCAUAAAAAGUUACGGCAAAGAACCUUUAUUUUUCAGUGCAGGCAAGGCAAACCAAAUUCAUUUAUAACAGGACAAGGGCAUUGUUUUGCAUGAA